GAAACAACUUCACCGUCUAAAACCUCUCUCUCUCUCUCUCUCAUUCCUUUAUUUUUGUUCCUAUGGGUUUGUUACUGUGCUUCCAAUGACAGUGUAGCUGAAGCAUCUUCUCCAACAUUUCUGAUUUGGAUACAAAGCAUCAAGCCUUCUCGCUUUUGUAAGCUUGUGGCUUUAAUAUCAAAUGUGAAGGAGUUAAAUACUAUACCCCAUUUGCUGGUUCCUUGCAAUUUAUGCUGGUAUUGUUGUACGCAAAUUCUUCUGAACAGUCACAUAGCUAACUAACGGCCUCUGCUUUGAAAUUUGUGCUACCAUGUCAUUAAUGGCUAGACUACGCUGUGUCACUAUAGAUGUUACCGGUACCCUAAUGGCUUACAAAGGGGAGCUUGGUGACUAUUAUUGCAUGGCAGCCAAAUCUGUUGGCCUUCCAUGCCCAGACUACAAACGUGUGCAUGAGGGAUUUAAGCUUGCAUAUAAGGACAUGGCAAAGAACUAUCCAUGUUUUGGGUACGCAGCCAAAAUGCCUAACAUUGUGUGGUGGAAAACCUGUGUGCGAGAUUCUUUUAUCAGGGCUGGAUAUGAUUAUGAUGAGGAGACAUUUGAGAAAAUAUUCAGACGCAUAUAUGCCUCCUUUGGUUCAUCUGCUCCAUAUACUGUCUUUCCAGACUCUCAACCAUUUCUUAGAUGGCUACGUGGACAGGGUCUUAAAGUUGGCAUUGUGAGCAAUGCAGAGUAUCGAUAUCAAGAUGUAAUUCUUCCAGCUUUGGGUUUAAAUGAGGGAUCUGAGUGGGACUUUGGUGUGUUUUCUGGUCUUGAAGGUGUUGAGAAACCGAACCCAAAAAUUUAUGAGAUUGCACUUGAGAGGGCUGGAAACAUUGCACCUGAAGAAGCUUUACAUGUCGGGGAUAGCAUGCGCAAAGAUUAUGAGCCGGCUAAGAGCAUAGGGAUGCAUGCGCUAUUGGUGGAUAGAUUUAAGACACCAGAUGCUGUGGAGUGGAGGAAAUCUGGUGCAGUUGUUCUUCCUGAUCUGUUGGCAGCACAAGAAUGGCUGUCUUCGCAGAAGUCAAAUUUAUAGAGAGACUUUUUUUGCUCAAGUAGUAUUUGAGUAUCAAUUUUCCCCUCUAAUGAUAUUACUGUGACAUGUGAUGUUUCUCCGGGUAUCAUAAUAGCU